GAAGUGGGGGUAGUGAGGGAGAUCCCAUCCUUCCUCCAUGUAUCUAGUCCUCACUGUGGCAGAAUUGCAGCGCACUGGACUGUACAGAACAGGGUACCAACCAGGCUGCUGUCUGUGAGGGGUGGGGUCCGGCUACACUGAUACCACCAAGCAUCAGCUCACAGAGAGGCGGACAAAAAAGACUGAAAUAAGGACAGACAAGAGGGGGGAGAUUGCACCUGAAGAGGAAUAUAAUACGGGAUGAAAGGAGACACCCCAGUGAACAGCACCAUGAGCGUCGGCCAAGCCAGGAAGCUGGUGGAGCAACUGAAGAUCGAGGCUAGUUUCUGCAGGAUAAAGGUUUCAAAGGCUGCUGCUGACCUGAUGGCGUACUGCGACGCACACGCCUGCGACGACCCCCUCAUCACCCCCGUGCCCACCUCAGAAAACCCGUUCAGGGAGAAGAAAUUCUUCUGCGCUCUGCUUUGAAACCAAUCAGGGAUUGCUGUGAUUGAAAAGUACAUGCAUGUACGGUGUGUACAUGUACUUCCAACCUAAAUAAGACGUUAAAUGUACUAUAGUAUCGUCGCAUCAAAAAGCUGCCAAGUUACAGCACAGAAUCCAAUACGACAUGUCUUCAGCUAAAUUAAAAAAAAUAACUAUGAGCUUCAAAGAUCUAAGAAAGAAGAAUUUAAUAUAAUUAGAUUUUUUUUAAUAGAUCAAUAAAAUGUUGGAAAUAUUAUAGUAAACUUUGAGGGGACUUAAAAAACAACAUAUUUCAUGCUCAAACUACAAGUAACUACCAAAACACCACGUUAGACCUCCAGCAGUCAUUUGUUACAUAAAGGCUGGUUAAAUGGACUUAAACUGAUUUAUUUCUAAUUCUAAAUCCUAGUUACUAGUUACACACUCAUGUUUUGGCAGUUACUUGUAUAAGAACAGCUGUUUAAAAGUACAAAUUUAGCAGGUUUUGUGAAGAUUUUAGCUAAUUUCUAUACCGUUGCUAGUGUGGAUGUGUGUAUGCAUAGGUGCUACUGUGAAACUUAAGCAACAAAUACGAGCGUUUGAUCGCUUGUGAAUUCAAUAUUUUAUAGUUUAAUAGCACACGGACCCCCUAAACCAACACAUAGGGGUCAGGGACGUUUGAUGUAGAAUCUAAGCCAUUGCAGCAAAAUCAGCUAAAGUAGUGCAGCGCGUGUAUUUUUUAUGGUUUAGGACACAGAAUACAGCUGUGUCCAUAUAUGUUUACAGAUAACUUUAGAUUUAAGAGGUUCUCCAGUGACAUAUGUUCCCUUCCUGUUGAGGAAUUAGCAUUUUUAAGUAUUUACAGCUAAAAAGGCUUGUUCUGUUAAUCAUAUCCAAAGAGAUUAGAAACUAAUCCUGGCGUUGUUGGGACGUGAUCCAUCAUGAACACCCCGUUCUGGGCCAUUUUACAAAAGCUGUGUACCCUGCAAAUAGAAAAGCUGAUGGAAAUAAAACAAUCAAAGAUCA